AUGGCUAUGACCUCCACUUCAAUGGGGGUGAAUGUUUCUUCCAACCUGGUCCAGGACCAGAUCGCUAAAGUUCUCUUGUCGUUUCUUUUGUCAGUAUCACGUUUCCCAAGCCCACGGCUAACCCCCCGGCUGAGCAGAAAGAGGGCGCUGUCUAUAUCCCCGCUGUCGGACGCCAGCAUCGACCUGCAGACGAUGAUCCGCACCUCGCCCAACUCCCUGGUGGCGUACAUCAACAACUCCCGCUCCAGCUCGGCCGCCAGCAGCUCCUACGGGCACCUCUCAGUCGGAGGCAUCAGUCCCUCCUUCAGCUUCCCUCACCCCAUCAACCCCAUGGCGUACCAGCAGCUGUUGGCCCAGCAGAGGAGCCUCAACGCCUUCGGACACACUCCUCCUCUCAUCCAGCCAACCUCUUACUCCGCCCGCCAACACCCCCUCACUGCCUCACCUAUGACCACCUGCCACAACAGCUCCAACCCUGAGGCAAACCAGAAUUGA